AGAGAGAGAGAGAGAGAGAGAGAGAGAGAGAGAGAGAGAGAGAGAUUGGAGAAUCCAGUAGUAAGUCUCUCAGUUCAGGCAGCACGUUACAGGCAGGCAGGCAGAUUUUUUUUUGGCUUGGACGCAGCGCUCAUGACAGGACUAGGAGCCGGGGACGCGGGACCAACCGGAGAUCUGCAGGUCCUAGUGGACGAGCCAGAGCCAGACUCUCUCUUUGCACAGCUGUGACCUGCUUCCUGUGUCCUGUCACACCGCAAGUCUUCCAAGCCUGACCUGAUUACAAAGAGGCCUGCUCUCUCCUCUCCUCUCCAUUAUGCAUCUCUUCACCAUCCUCCUCCUCUUGCUGCUUCUGCGGUCAGCUGAGCCCAGGCGAGGCCCGCGGUCGGGCUCCGGGGCUCUGGGACCGGACGCCAGGGGCCGAGUGCGGGGCAGAGGCAGGGCCGGGGUAGUGAGGCGCCAGAUUCAGGAGUGUAAGGAGUACAUGGAGGCCGGAGAGAAGUACCUGGACUGCCAGGACAGACAGCUGACCACCGUGAUGCAAGACUGGCCCAAAGACAUAAACCACCUGCUGCUGGCAAGAAAUAAGAUCCAGGUGCUGAGGGACAACAUGUUCUCCCAGUUCACCCAGCUGAAAAGCCUGGACCUGCAGCAGAACGACAUCUCCAUGGUGGAGGACGGGGCGUUCAGCGGCCUGUCCCAGCUCACCACCCUGCUCCUCCAGCACAACAGACUGAAAACAGCCACCGAGGAGGUCCUGCUCCCCAUGCCCCGCCUCACCUACCUCCGUAUCUAUGACAACCCCUGGAGCUGCCACUGCCUGCUGGACAGCCUGAUCAGGACCAUUCAGGUGCCUAGCAACCGAAACCUGGGAAAUUACGCCAAGUGCGCCGAGCCGCCUUCUCUCAGGGGCCAGAAGCUGAAGAAGGUGAGCGUGGAGUCGCUGUGCGCCGCCGACAACCAGGUGGACAGGAGGCCGGAGGAGGGACCAGGGAGGCAACCGAGGCCUCCGCCGUUCAAAGUGAAGCCAGACGCCACCUCCAUGUGCCACACCUACAUGUUCCCCAAACCUCUGCUGGACUGCAGCAGCAAAGAGCUGAAGAACAUCCCAGCUGACCUGCCAUCAGACAUAGUGAAGAUGGACUUGUCCAGCAACGGCAUCCAGCAUCUCAGGGCCAAACAGUUCCUGUUAGCCAAAGAUCUCAAAUUGCUCAACCUCAGCAGCAACAGCCUCAGCCGCAUAGACACAGCUGCGUUUGCAGGUCUGCUGUACCUGCGGGAGCUCGACCUGUCGAACAACAGCCUCCAUUACUUCCAGUAUGGCGUGCUGGAGGACCUCUACUUCUUACGGAAGCUCUCGCUGGGCGACAACCCCUGGAUCUGCGACUACAACAUCCACUACCUGAUCUACUGGCUCAAGCACCACCCCGGCGUCUUCUACACUGGUCUGAUCUGCUCCGAGCCCCAGGAGUUCAGGGGCUGGCCCGUCGAGGAGUACGUCAAGACCUACAACGGGGAAUGUCCCAAGGAUAAACAAACGGGACAGAUGGAUAUGGGACAGGGGGUACAGGGAGGGUCAGACAAUGAGGCACAGGAAGUGGUGGGGGACACAGGUGUAGAUACGGGUGGCCGUCUGCCCAGACCCCUGAAAGAAAAGAAGCCCAACAGGUUUGAGAUCAUCAGGUUGAGUUAAAACGGACGUGGAUCAGCGGACUGGUACAAUCUUCAUGGAUGGAACUUCAGAAGUCACACGCGAGGUGAAAGGAUGUUAAGUUGAACUGGAGGCCUGUUGACAAAUGGAUUAGCUGACAAGUUUAUUAAAGGUAGACUCAGUGAUUGGAUAUCGACAAUUGAAAAAACACACAUUUGUACUACAUUCACAAGCUCCUUAAAAAUUUUCAUGUUAAUGAUCUAGUUCUUCAGAGGAAAGAUGUUAUUUUUUGUAAUCCACUUUUUAUGUCUUGGCUGGAUCACGGCGUCAUUCAUCUUUUCCUAAAAGAUCCCUGUCAAGAUUCAUCUCCAGUUUGCCUGGGUUUUAAUGCCAUAUUGCUCAGUCUACCUUUACAAACAACAGAAGUGAUUUUGGAGAUGAGAAGUAUUUUUUGUUUGUUUUUUUUUUCAUUCUUGCAGAACAUUCCCAAUUCAGUCUGUAUCAGAUCAAAUAACCCUUAGUUUCCCUCAGAUCCCUCACUUUGUAUUUUCCCAUGCAAUGAACUGCAGGUGCUUUUCUUCUGUUACAUUAACUUUGACUCUGACUCUGAAUUCAGGAUAUACAAAUAGUUUUUGGCCUUUUUUAAUUAUUUAGUGUAUGUGUUGCCAACCCAUUUUCUGGAAAUAAAAUUGGGUGCAUUUUUUUC